UCGAGAGGGUAAACUAUGAUAGGGAUUCAUAGCUGUCUGAGCAAUUGACAUCGACCGAAUCCGCUUCUGCUCGAAAUAUAUAUAGGCACCCAAAAUCCACAAUUUGGGACCAAAGUAAGCCAAAUGUAACCGGGUACCGUUUCAUUGACAUGGAAUUGCUUGGUUAACUUUUUACUCAGAUGGUUUGUAAAGAGUGUGGAAAUUGAUGCCUUGUCUUAGAGGAUGAACCACGUGAGAGAAAAAAGGCAGUGCUUCUCAUCUUCGAGUACGAUGUAAAGAUUGUGGAUGGGUUUAUACCUUUUAUACUUCAAAAAAAGGUUCAACAUUCUUUUGACAUCAACAGAAGAUUUGUUUAUGCUAUGAGAAGUAUUGGACAAGGACAUGCAUCGAUGAAACGCUUUUGCUCAUACAUGAACAUGCCACCACCAUUACAUUAUAAAGCAUACAAUGCUAGUAAUGCUGCCUUGUCAAAAACUGCGACACUGUGGCUAUGAAAACUGUUGAAGAUGCUGCUAAUGAAUUACAUGAAGUUAAUUGUAACUGAAUACUUAUAAAGUGUGGUGUUUCGUGUGAUGGAACCUGGCAGCAAUGCGGGUAUUCUUCAUUAAACGGUUGUGUUACAACCUUGUCGAUAAACACUGGUAAAUGUUUAGACAUUGAAAUAGUGACAAAAGUUUGCCGUGGGUGUCAAAGGAUUGACAAACAAACAGAUGCUUUAAAGAAAGCUGAUAUGCUGGAUAGAAAUCAGUGCAAGGCGAACUAUCAAGGAUCAGCGCCAUCUAUGGAAACAGAAGGGAUCAAGAGGAUAUUUGGAAGGAGUGAGGAGACACGUACGCUGCAAUAUACAGAGUACUUUGGAGAUGGUGACAACAAAGCGUAUAAUGAAAUAUAUUUGCAAGAAAUUAUCAUUCAUCAAUCAUCAAAUCAAAAAAUGUUUGCUAUUUCGCUGUCGUCAUGCAGUCGUUAUAAUGCAAACUUUAAAUUGGACCAAUCAGUGUCCGCUAUUCAUGACAGUCCGCCAUAUUUUUGAGAUCAGUGAGGAUGAUCACCCACCGAAACUUUGUUGGUGACCCACGCGCGCGAAAGCGCGCUAUCAUUGAUGAACUUUAAACUUCGCUAAUGCUUUCGUUUCCCCGGGUGUAAAUCACCUGGCGGAAUUAGUACCCCCCCCCCCCGGGGUUACGCCUGGAACGGCGCUCGGCGCCGUUGGCUUGGGGAUAAACAAAAGCUGUAUACGGCAAACGACACACAAGCCUACCCAACCUCGUUCCCAGGGCUUUUCCCUUCUUGUCAUUGGGAAGGCUGGAAAAGGCCCUGGCACCGGCCGGUCUUCUAUGUAUUCUGAUUGGUCAAUGACAAGUGCAUUAUUAUGCAAAUAAUGCAAUCUUGGAUUAAUUUAUUCAAACUUCGGGAUAAAUUAACAUUUUCACGCAAGGAGUGUCCAUAAUAUUACUAUUUACUUUGUCCGUCUAAGAAAUAUUUUUGGCAAAAUCUGUGGCAAAAUGGUUAAAUUCGAUAAGAUUUAUACACAAUUUGUCGAAGGUUAGUAUGACUGUUUGUUUUAAACUGUGAGAGAAGAUUAAUUGUGUGCUAGAAUACACCUCUGAGGUUCUGACCGAGUAUUUAGGGCAAAAUUUGCCUUCAUUGAAUCAUUGGCUUCGUAUUAAUGUUUAUAUUUAUAAAACUAAAGUCUGGGUUUAUAAACUGAAACAUGACCUUUAUUUUUUGAUAUUUUUCAUAGUCGAGUUUAAAUUGGCCUAUUAAAUUUAUAGUUAGUUACCACAUGCGACGAUAUUUAAUUUUGUUAUAUCAUAUAUGCAACAGUGUUUACAACUUUUGAAUAAUAUGUGAUUUGUUUUUGUUUCAGAUACUAUUACAUGUUUCAUUUUACCAUAAAUUGUGUCAAAAAAAUGAUUUGCUCAUUUGGCUGAUGUUACAGUUUUCUGAUGUGUUUUGUUUUGAUGAUAUUAGAACAAUUUCAAUAUGAAAGUGCAGGUGUCUUUAGACAUGAGCCAUAAUGUAUAUAUAUAUAUAUAUAUAUAUAUAUAUAUAUAUAUAUAUAUAUAUAUAUAUAUAUAUAUAUAUAUAUAUAUAUAUAUAUAUCAAAAUACUGAUAAAAUCCAUUUCCAGCUUGAUUGUAUUUGCAUUGUUGCAGACAAAGUUGUGCAAUGGUGGGCUUAUGUCACAUACUCGUAUGUAAUUCCAUGUGCAUGCUUGUACUUUGAUGCCUCAAGAAAUGCUUCGAAUGUGUAAUAAAGGGCUGUUCACAGGAGUUGGGCUGUCUGGUGCUGGGUCAGGGUCAAACUCAUGUGAACAGCUUCUAAGUCCUAAUUAUAUUGAUAAUUGUACACUUUGGGAUGGUAAUUGCAAUUUGUAAAAUAUUCCACAUUUUAUUUAAUAAAAUUUAAUUAUAUACAUUGUUUUUUGUUUAUAUUAACACCUUGGACAGUGUAUAUUUACACCUUUGGACCCUGUAAAUAUACACUUUUAGGGGGUGUACGCAUUCUAAGCCAAAGACGUUGAAGAACAAUUAUCAAGGAAUUUGCAUGAUAAAAAAUAUUUAAAACUGCUCUCCAUAUACAUGUAAUGCAUGGUUCAAUUCUUGCUUCUACCAAGUAAAUCCAGGGAUUUUCAAUGUCCCCCUCCUCCCAUAGAAUUCACUUGAAGUGACUGGGGCAAGGUAGCUAUAAGUAUAAGUAGGUAUAAAAAAAUCAAUUAAAAUUUACAAAUAGAGCUUUUUGAAUAUAGACCAUUGCAAACAUUUUUUUAAUUUGUUUAACCCUUUAUAGUGGCAAUGUGCCCUACUUAAUUAGUAUAUUACUCCGUCUGGUGCCAGACAAUUUUACUCAAGGGCAGAAUGUAGACUUGCCACAAGUCGACCUCGAACGAAACGUCGGCUCACGCUUGCUGCUUGCGUUUCGUUCGAGGUCAACUUGUGGCAGAAUGCUGCCACUCAAUGAGUCAUAUAUUCUCAGAACAGUUACCAUCAACUUAAAUCUAUUGUGCUGGCAAAAUUGCCUUGGAGGGGGGCAUUGAUUUGUUGAGUCUUUUUUUUUGGGGGGGGUGAGUGUGGUAAAAAACAAUAUUAUAGCAACUGGUUUCAGAAUAGGAAGAAUUGUUGUAAUAGAGGCAAUAUAAUUCUAAGACAAAUCAUCCAAAGGAAGCAAUCAUUCUAGCUCUUAUAGUGUAUGUUGCAACAGGGAUGGAUUUACUGGGGGGUGUGCACCCCCUAUCCCUGGCCAGAGGGGGUGCUAUUUUUCAUGAUAAUUAAAGCAAAAAAUUAUUAGAGGCAAAAUGAGAUGCAGUAAUUUGAGUAAUAACAUGAUGAGUGAGCUGUGAACAACAAUUACAAUUCAAAUACAGUAGUAAAGCAAGACUUUGCAGUAGUGAAGCAAGUUGAUGGGCAGGUGGCACACAUGACCAACACGACUCGGCACCAGAGCUGGCAGAGCACCCCCCCCCCACCAGAUCUUGCUGGGGAUAUCCCUGUCAGUUGCAAAAUGUAUUUUCUUCAUAGCCAGGCAUUCACAUGAAUGAAGAUUAGAAUUGCAUCAUGUUAUAUAGUCUUAAAUAUUUAGGAGGGUUCUCCAUUAUUAAAUUAAGAGAUUAAAAAAGGGGUCCCAUGACAUUUUGACAUAAGAAUCUCCCACCCACCCUAGGGUAUAAUGAAUGGUCACUUAAAGUACAUGCCAUCUUCUAACUGGUUGGGCACCUUGCUCCUUUUGUGGUGGAAAAUCUAUUCCCUACCUUCAUGCCCUGGGACAAAAUAUUCAAAUCUAAUCAACUCUCCACCCUGAUAAUGUGCAGAUGGUAAAAGCAAGAAUUGAAGCAAGCAAGCUUUACUGGAGUACAUACUAUUAUUAGGAAACAUCAAUUCGCACAUGUUAAUUUGCCAGUCAUGAUUUUAAAUGUAAUAUUUCUUAUCUCAUAUAGAAUUCUUAAGGUCUUGUUUACAUUUUACUGGAAGCAAACUAAGAUGCAUAUCCAAUAUUUGGGUCAUAUCAUUCAUAUGUCAGUUUUGCAACUUGCCAGCUUCAACAGCAUUUAGCUGCAAGGAAAACGUAAACAAGGAAAGGGCACAUAGCUCUUCAUCUGUGUUUAAAAUAUCAAUGAAUAAAUAUUCCAACCAUUGACACUUUAUAAUAUAAUGCACCUAUCAAUGUUAAGCCCCAGAGGGGGGGUCGGGCAUAGGCGGGGAAUUUGGUUUUUUGAGCAAAUUUUCAAUCAAAUGCCCCACCGUCGGGCAAUAUUUAUUGGUCAAAUACCCCACCAUUUUGCAAUAAAUACUAUAUUAAUAAAAGUCAUUCGGUUCAAAAUGCCCCAACUUGGAGCCAAAAUGCUAAUCAAAAUCCCCAGGGUGGGGUUGCAAUUGAUAAUCAAAUACCCCACAUAUGGGGGUUAACAUUGAUAGGUGAAUAAGUGACAUUCAACAAUAGAUCAAUAACAUAUACAGUACAUUUCUUUGAAUCACUGUAUAAAAUAUUCCUCAUAAACUCGCUCCAAUCGUCGCACAGCAGAGUCUUUGGAAGGGUAAAACCAAGUUUAACAUCCCCAGUUCAAAACACGUUCCGUGUCCUCUUAAGCAAGCCUGUCCAGCUGGAGAACAUCUGUCGUAAUACUAUAAUAAUUUUGGCUGUUAAUUUUGUUUAGCGAACGAACGAUAUUUACCAAACCCAGUUGAAAGAACAGCAACUACAUAGUUCCCAUGUAAUAAAAGCUGAAGAAUUUGAUUUCGAGUACGUCGGUAGCAAAAUGAAGAAAAAAUUUCAAAGACUAAACGCAUUUUUAAGCCGCUCUAAGCACUUAAAUUUUGUGGACACUCUUACGUUGGCGGCCAUCUUUGAUUUUCUAAUCAUUAUUAUUAUAAUUUAUUACACCCACUAUAUCUGGGUGUUGAAAGUCAUGUGACCGGCCGGUGCCAGGGCCUUUUCCCUCCUGUUGUGAAGUGAUUAUGGGAGAACAUUGUUUUGUCUUCUGGGGUUGACAGUUCAUCUGCAACUCCAAAACUGUGCUUGGAAGAUAUUGUUAAAACUCUACUUAUAGGUUAGAUCUUUUUCAUAUGUACUUUAAAGUACAAAAUAAAAGAGAAGCAAAAAGAUCAAAGGCAAAGCGUUCAGAAAGGACGUGAAUAGGAAGUAACUGUUCCUGUAAAUAGUAUCUGUAAAUAUCCCUAAGAUAUUUACAGAUAUAUUAAACAAUAACAACAGUGUAUAUUUCUCUAAUUAUCUUCCUACCAUGUAUAAUUAUGUCUUAUUGACUUUUUUUUUGGAAAAUGACAUUAUUUUACCAAAGCUUUUGAUCUGUUAUCUGGCAUUUUAAAUAAAGAAAUGUUCGUCUUCUCCCAAUGCUAAAUUAGCCGGAAAAAGCGCAGUUUGCACCGGGCAUUGCUGAAAAUUAAUACAUAAUGGAAAAUAUAAAGAUACACUCAAUAAAGUACUUCUCAAGACUGUUACGUUGUGUAAACUUUGUCGCGACUGUGGCAAUACAUUGAUAUCUGAUUCUCAUCGUGUUCGCAGCUGUUAUCAUUCACAAUAACAUCUUAACUGAUCCAUGUUUCAAGUUUAAAUGAAGUUUUAAAUUUGUAAUAUUUUAGAUCUCUUCGAAUUGUUCUCCAAAAGCAAAAAUGCGAUUUGUGCGAGAUAUUUUUACCCCUCCACUUCGGCUUUAUUUUACACACUCAUGUGUUUCAGAUAAUGAUAUUUGCAUCUCAACGUACCUAACACGAACCAUCACAAACAUAUGCUUUGAAUUAACUUCGGAAAACGACAUUUUAUCUGGAAAUAUGAUCCACUCAUAUAGAAAAAUAUACAAUGUUUUGAAACGGCAUACCGUUUUCUUGUCACGUGACGCAAAUAAAUUGAGAACAAUGACACUAAUAUUCUGUGACGUCAGCAGCUAGCCCAACCAUCUUAGUCUAUAAAUUGUGAUUUGAUUUAAAGAACGAUUUUCAAGACGUAUGUUACCUUUAAUGAUCCAAAGGAUACAUGCUCAAAUAUUUUAAAGAGGAAACGUCAAAAACUCAGGUAUACAUAAGAAAUUAGAAAUUGUAUUAAUACAAUUAGUUAAUAAUCAGCAAGUUUUAAAGUUUAUUCUGAACUUAGACUCUUAGUGUGUUCUUUACCAGCUCCCUGCAAUAUUUAUCAUUUAUAGACCCUCCGCUCGGGAAUUCGGCGAUAUUUCCCUCAGUGAUGAUAUUUUCCUCGGGGCAAAGCCCCUCGGAAUAUAUCAUCACUUCGGGAAAUAUUACGCCGAAUCCCCAUCGCUCCGGGUCUAUAAAUGAUAAAUAUUGCAGGGAGCUGGUAAUGUUUUACAAUUAUUUUUCGUAGCCCCCUCCCCCUUCAUGCCCCUAUCUUUUUGAUAACUCCCCCUUGGUAGUUCAUAAAUGUUUCGUGGCCCCUCCAAAUAUCAAUCUUUCGCCACCUCCCCUCGCCCGACAUUAAUAAUGACUGCUCCCGAAAGUAGAUCAUCUGAUGGAACUUUUUGUUACAAAUCUUUCAACUUUUAUAGUUAAGAAGGAGAAAGGGAAAAGAAAAUCCUCAAACUAUGUUCUAUGUGGACUGGAAUGUUGAGGUACUUUCAAAAUCAACAAAUGUUCACAAUGACUUCCUAGUGGAUCGAACACAUAUCCGCCUUUAACAAUUUUUGAGCGAAAAAAUCUGCGCAAAAACGUAAAAUUAUUUGACAUGUAUAAAAUGAACGUCGGGAAAACUAUGUUUUUUAUGCUCAUGUAUUCGCCCACUUAAAAGCGAAAAAAUUACCGCUUAAACACAUAUUGUAAAAUGAAUGUUUUCCCAUUUCAGUAAAAGGUUUAAUCUACAGCCGUGAAAAGAGUCACGAAUAUAUUCUCUAUCCAUUCAUUGAUGUAAUGCAUUUUUCACUGAUGUAAACACUGGUUUCAAGCAUAUUAUGUGAAAUAUACAGUGAAGCGACCAGAAAAAUACAAAAUAUAAAAAUAGCAUUAUAUACCUUUUUCGUUGUCCUUUUAAUAGAAAAAAACGCUGAUUAAAUCAAAACAGAUUCAUUUGUAUAUGUUGUUGAUCGGAACUGAACAUGAACCUGUUGUUGUCAGACAGGUAACCAAUUUGUGCAGUGAUAAACGGUAUUUGUGCUGUGAUAAAUUAGUUUUUGUGCGGUGAUAAAAUGCGAUAUUGUUCAGUAUUAGAAAUUUGCGACAAAAUGGCCACUGCUUGUAUAGCAAAUUGGAUAUAAUCUACAUACAAUGGCUUUCAGUUAUUACUUGCAAUAUAUGACAAGAUGAAAACAUUUAACUUCUAAAUUAUUGCAGUCUGAGAGCGCGGCUACUAUUUGCCGACCUCAUGAUCGAUAAAGCAUUCGUUUACUAAUUUUUCUGUGGCAUAUUUAUUCCAAUCCGGUAUCUCUCCUAGCGGCCAAGUCGUGUUCAAGAAAAUCACUUUUAUGUCAUCUUCGUAGGCCCUAUGGUUAAAGUGCUCCGAGCGAUUUUGUUCUGAGAUUUUUGACGCUGUUUGGUGACACAAUCAACAGUUUUUAGAUUAAUCUAUUUUACGAGUGUGAAAGACUAGAUCUUGUGCAAUAUUGCUUGGUGUUUUGCAUGCGAUUCAAACAAUAUGUGAAAAUUUGUAUGUUUUUGCAUGAAAUAGAUUAUGCAGAUUUUGGCUCAUUAGCUGUGAUUUUGGCUCAUUUUCCUGCAUAUAAUUAGUGACAUGCAUGCAUGGGGUAAAUUUUAAGAACGUUUUCUAAAAUGUCUCUAAAUUUAUAUAAAUUUUAUCAUUUUUUUCGCUUUUGUGCAAUGAUAAAAUUUCUUUAGAAUAAUCCCUGUUGUCAGAAGCAAUUGAAUUUGUUAAAGUUAAAAUGCCAGACUUAGAACUUUUUAUUCCAAAGCUUCUCUGCUACCACAUUCAUGAAAAGGGCAUGUAAGUUUUUACUGAAACUGUACGUCUUUUUGUGUGUUUCUUGCCAGUUUUCUCGAUUUUUCGAAUGCGUGUUUUAUAAUCAUCUUUCAACUUUUUAAUUUUUGUCCGCCUCGCUUUAAAAAUACACAACUGCAAUGUUCUCAAAUUAGUUCGCAAGCAACACUGGAAUUUUUGUGAAUUUAAUUUUUACUUCUGAUAAAAAAUAAACACGUACGUUAUUUACCGGCAGCGUCGGUUCGGAUGAGAAAAACUGUGCGUUUGGCCGGUCUUGAAAACGUCCCUGGGCCUUCGGGUUCGGGCCGUUUCCAAGACCUCGGGCACAGCUUUUCUCAUCCGGACCUCGUAGCCAGUAAAUAACAUAUAUCUUUCUUGGGGUUAUGUAUACUUUAGUGAAAAAUGCCAGCAUGUAGGAUAGCAGGUAAAACUGAAUAAUUAAAAUGUCGCACAUACUUAUAGGACUUUUGCUGUCCGUGUCCACUGUUUUUUUAUGUCAACGUAGUCAUAAACCGUCUAGCCUGCGAACAGGCUCUCAAGGUGAAAUGAGAGCCUCCAUCGAUGACUACUGAAUUUGAAUAUCUGCGUCUCAAAUCGUGACGCGAAAUUCUCAUUGGUCAGAUGCUAUAAUUUAUAUGUUUCCGCUGAGCUCUACAUAAGUCAACUGCUGAAGCACUAUGCAUAAAAAAAACAUUAACUGAUCAAAUGGGUCUAGCUUGGCCAUCUUAUCUCAAAGCACGAAAUGUUCUGUUUUGAGAAAACAGUAUUUAAAACAUUUAAACUUUUGCUUGAAUAUCUUAUAUUUCGAAAAACAAAAUAAACUGUACGGUCUAAAUUUAGUUUGCACGGUCUAAAUUUAGUUUGCACGAAAGUUGUAAACAACACCAUAUAAGGAUAACAUUCCAUAUUUGGAAAAACGAACGUUACGGGGCAGAUACUCAGAUUCAUUAGUCAUCGAUGCAGGCUCUCACAUUACACGAAAAAUUGGAUUUACCACUAUAGGAAACACAGAGUAAACUUGUAGAUAAGCCGUAUAUUUGCUCGUAAAUGUGAGCAAAUGCGGCGUUAUCUCAAGUUUACUCUGUGUUUCCUAUAGUGGUAAAUCUAAUUUUUCGUGCAGUGUUAUUUCACCUUGAGAGCCUGUUCGCAGGCUGUAAUCCAUCAUAUUUCGCAAGAUUGAGACAAUUCGUUUUGAGGGGAAAAUUAUAUCUUUUAAAUUAAAUUAAAUUAAAGUAGACCUGCAUGCAUUGCUUUGUAGACACCAAAGUUGGCUAAAGAUGCAGAUAAGAAAGGCGAACAAGGGAUCAAUAGUAUUGAAAUAGUGGACGGUAAAUAUGGGAAUUAUUUUAUGCAAAAUAUUCGGCUAUUUCAACUUUAA